CUUGAGGCCAAAAGAGCGGCGAGAGGCCCCGGGGGGUGGAGGCAGGGGCACUCUUCAGAGCAAGAACAUCUGACCCGUGUGGCCUCCAGUUUUAAGGGAAAGGAAGACCCCACUGAGGAGGGGAAUGAGGAGCUGAAGAUCAAAAUGGAAGAAGAAAAGACGGACGUUAAAAAGAGGAUAAUGAGCCUGCAGAAACGUCUGACCACAUUAGUGACCAACAUUCAAACUGCAGCCGACGCCAAAGAGAUGGAGCGAAGGUCAGGGAUGGAGGACAACUGCAGAAUUAGAGAGGAGCGACUGAAAAAUGAUGCUAAGGCCUGUCAGGAAAAGGUUGAGGAGCUCACAAAAGGGUGGUCUAUAGUUAAUCAAAAGGUGGUUCAUUCAGAACUGCAGAGUGUUCUGGACAGCCAGCAGCAGCUGUGUGCUGCAGUGAUAGAAGACAAGAAAAAACUCAUAAGGGAGCUCCAACAGGAGCGCCGGGUCAAAGAGGAUCAGUAUUUGAAGAACUUGAGAAGGCUCGAUGAGGAGAUCAAACUGAUGCUCGACAGGAUGCAGCAACAGUUUCAAAACCUGUCCGAGGCCUACAGAGAGGAGCUCACACAACUUCAGGGAGUUUAUCAGCAGGAAAUUGAAGUCUUACUUGCCAAAGACAAGGCUAAGCUGGAAGAACAUAUGAAGGAACAUUGGGACACAGAGCUGGAGAGUCUGAUGGAGAGGAGGAGGACGGUAGAGGAGUCUGAAAAGACAGUUCAUGAUGUUAUGUUGGAGAAUACCACCAAAAUCAAACUCAUGCAGCUGGAAGAAAAUGCAAAGUCUCAGGCUCGGCUGAGAGAGCAACAACAGAUGAAAGGCAAAUCUGUAGUUUUAAAUCUUAAACAACUUGAACAUGGCAACAAGAAUGCAGCAUAUAAUGCCAAGCUGGGAGAAAUGAAGGGCAAAAUAUUAGGCGCUUCGAAAGAGGUGAAAAACUUAAAAACCAAGUAUGCCAAACAAAAGGACAAGUUUAUGAAGCAGAGACAGUAUUUGUCUGAGGUCCACAAACGCUCCCGCCAGCACUAUGAACGCAUACAGAAGGAAGUCAGGUACACCACAGCCGCUGAUGCCCGAAAGUUUGAGGAGAUGUGGGUAAUGAUGGAGGAAGAGGUGACACAGCUAGCGGAGAAGGCUUUGGCCAUUGACUCUCUGAUCUGCAAGCACCUUGGUUUAGCCUGGGAACGUCCUUCAGCUGCCUUCAUGGAGUCACCUGGUCCCCGCAGAUCUCAGGAGCAUGACACUAACCCCACCAGUCACCCCUGGCAAACCAGGCAUCUUUCACACUGCAGCCAGAGGAUGAUGGAUGCAUCAGUCGGGCCCAGCCUGGAGAGGGACUCAGAGCACGGCACAGGGGUGGAGGAAGGGGAGCUGUCCUCAGAGACGCUGAUGAAAGUGAUGGAGCUGCUUUGUGAUGAAACGGGAUUCCUGGUUGAAGAUAAACUGCGGAAGCUGCUGGUCCCCAUGGAGAAAAAUGAACAGACCACUGUGAAGCUGCAUUCUCUCUUUGCUGUUCUGGGACUUGAAGAAAAGGAUUUAGCCAAGUUGGCUGAGUUUUUACUCAUGUACAAACGUCAACAAGGAGAGCAGACUGUGGGUCAUUUUGUUGAGGAGGCAGAGGCCACGGAGAACAGCGCCACAGCUGAUUCAACCUCCAGACUCAUCAACCCUAACAACAUCUUGCCUGCUUUACAACGUUUCCUUGAGCAGCACAGGAAGUCUGUCCACGAGCGUUCCAGUUUAAGCCAUCCAGCUAGAGAUACCUCAGUGGAAGAAGCCUACUGGGAUAGGCUUGGCAACAUCAUCACUGAGGACAAACUCAAGCUGUGGGAUGCAGCGGAAAGGGAAUUAAAGCAGUAUGAAGAGGUCCUGAUGGAUAUCUCUGAGCUUGUCCCUGAAACUGAGUUCCUGAGGCAGCAGAACACUGAGCUGCGGAUGCAGCUGCAACAGAUACUCAGCAGUACCCGGAGCCCUAAUUAAUGAAUAAUCACUGUGGAGUCCGAGAGCACUCAAUGUUAAACAGCUUGUGGCUGAGCGCUGAGGGCAGAGAGAAGAAGAGCAGAACCAGAAAGAGCAGACCCAGUACAGCAACCAGCAGCAUCACACAGUGCAGCUUGUAGU